AUAGCAAGCAAGCUGUUUAGACAUUUGCUGCUGCAUGGUUUGACUGUUUGAAAGUUAUUUUGAAAAAACUAAGGGAAAGAUACUGAAAAUGCUUCGUGCUGCUAUCGCGGUUUUCGUGUUGGCAUUAAUCAGCUGUGGACUGGGUUCGACUCCCAUCUCCAUCACGGAUCCAUUUCGACUUUUGACACUUUUUCGACCGUUUUCAAUCAAUGAUUGGCAUUGCAAUGGAACGAAUAAAACCAUCAGGGAAAGCUGGGUUUGUGACGGUGACAUCGAUUGCCCGAACGGAAUAGAUGAACAUAUUUCUUCUUGCAAUAAAACUGAAUGUGCUUCCGAUGAGUUUGAUUGUGGUGGUUCAACAUGUAUUGUUGGGAAAUGGGUUUGUGACGGCGAUCCAGACUGUAUACAAGGAGAAGAUGAAGAAAAUUGCAGCGGGGACGCAGACCAAUUAGAGAAUUGCACUUUCGAUCAAUGGAGAUGUGCAAAUGGUCAAUGCAUUGAAAAUCUUUGGUUAUGUGACGGAGAUCUUGAUUGCGAUGAUGAAUCAGAUGAACAUCGUCAAAUGUGUACAAACAUGACAAAUUGUGAGGCAGAUUUUGCAGAGUAUGUAUAA